GGCUCUUCCGGGUGUUUUCCCUCAGCUGGACGGAGACAGGGAGCUAACGCAGCUGUUUGCCCACAUUUGAAGCCUUCAUUUCGCCAAAAUGAACCGUAUCUUUGGCAGAGGAACCCCCAAGGCCCCACCGCCGAACCUCACUGACUGCAUAGGGAACGUUGAUUCCCGGUCUGAGUCCAUUGACAAGAAGAUCGCCAGACUAGAUGCAGAACUGGUGAAGUACAAGGAUCAGAUGAAAAAGAUGAGAGAUGGGCCGUCAAAGAACAUGGUUAAGCAAAAGGCAAUGAGAGUUCUGAAGCAGAAGAAAAUGUACGAGGGCCAGAGAGACAACCUGAUGCAGCAGUCGUUUAAUAUGGAGCAAACAAACUACACAAUCCAGACCCUUAAAGACACGAAAACCACAGUCGAUGCCAUGAAAACUGGCCUCAAAGAAAUGAAGAAAGCUUACAAGACCGUGAAAAUUGAUCAGAUUGAGGAUCUUCAAGACCAGAUGGAAGACAUGAUGGAGGACGCCAACGACAUCCAGGAGGCUCUUGGCAGAAGCUACGGCACACCUGACAUUGAUGAAGACGACUUGGAAGCAGAGCUGGACGCUUUGGGAGACGAGUUCCUGAUGGAUGACGACAGCUCCUACCUGGACGAGGCUGCCACAGCCCCUUCCAUCCCCGAGGGUCUGCCCACCGACAAGUCAACCAACCGGGAUGGUAUUCUGGUGGACGAAUUUGGCCUUCCUCAGAUUCCUGCUACAUAAAGAAGCAAUCACAGCACGCAUGCUAGUUUUAUAUGUAUCAUAGCCCUUUUUUGUAUUUAUCCAAAUGACACUCCCAGCCUUAGAGGGCAGCAUUGAAAAACCAAAGCAUUUGCUGUCCAAAAAAUGAUGGAAGACAUUAACAUGAAAUCAGGUUUCUUAAAUAAAAGUUGUGAUUAUUCUAUACGAGUGAGCUUGUUUAAUAUGUAACUGAGAUGAUUGUUGGUAUUGGGAUUCUCUUAACUUUGUACAGUCUCUGCAACCAAGAACAAAAUAAAGUAUAUUUUCCAAAUGAUA